CCAAGUCAGCUUUACACGUUGCUACUCAGCACUAUACUACUACAUACAUGGUCUUUGAAAAUGUGCUAAGAGCUGAGUUUAUUCAGCAAAAGAAGACACCACAGUUGUGUAAACAAAGAGGAGGUUGGACACCCAAGAGCGUCCCAAUUAAUGCACUCCCUAGUGUUUCACUCCCUAGAGUUUCAAUUAAUGCACACCCUACCACUCCCUCUAAUACUGAGGGAGGGAUAUAGGGUCAACAUACAUAGCAAGUUGUAACUCAGAUCCUUUAUUCAGGUGUUCCUCAUGAUGAGGUAAUGUGUAUUAGUAUAAUAUGGGGCAGAACCACAGUGUGCUUUAUAUAGAGAGGUGUGCUUUAUUUGGAGUGUGAGAUUUCACUUUAGAUAGAGAGAGAGAAGGCAGGAGAGAAAGGGGGUGUGGCAAAGCUAUGUACAUUAAAACCUGAUAUCCAAUGAGCUGAAUCCUCUGGUAUAUUGUGCAGUAGAUCCCUGUGGGGAAUAUAAUAUGACCUUUAUUGCCUUUCUUGUCCUUCAUUAGUCACAUUGGUAGACAGUUCGGGUAUUAUCGCUCCAGUUGACAAGCAGCUGCUACUGUAGCUGUAACUGAUAGCGGAGGUUUAAGACUAUACUCUAGUAUUGUCUGUCAAUAUUGGUAGGAUCUGGUGCCUUUGUUUGCUGCCACGUUAUUCUGACAUGCAAUUCAAUGAAAGAACCAAGUGUUCUUUAUAGAGAGGUGUCCCUAUGUAUUAGUAUGGGGCAGAACUAAGUGUCCUUUAUAGAGAGGUGUCCCUAUGUAUUAGUAUGGGGCAGAACCAAGUGUCCUUUAUAGAGAGGUGUCCCUAUGUAUUAGUGUGGGGCAGAACCAUAGUGUCCCUUAUAGAGAGGUGUCCCUAUGUAUUAGUAUGGGGCAGAACCAAGUGUCCUUUAUAGAGAGGUGUCCCUAUGUAUUAGUAUGGGGCAGAACCAAGUGUCCUUUAUAGAGAGGUGUCCCUAUGUAUUAGUAUGGGGCAGAACCAAGUGUCCUUUAUAGAGAGGUGUCCCUAUGUAUUAGUAUGGGGCAGAACCAAGUGACCUUUAUAGAGAGGUGUCCCUAUGUAUUAGUAUGGGGCAGAACCAAGUGUCCUUUAUAGAGAGGUGUCCCUAUGUAUGGAGGUCAUAUGGUGAGAUGUAUGUAUGGUGACUGUGUGUUGUGCAGGUCUAUACUGGGAUGCUGAGGCAGCUCUGGACUUCCUGCUGAUGAGGAGAGACAUCGACAGACGGAAGAUUAUUCUGUUCGGGCGGUCCCUGGGUGGAGCAGUCGCUAUCUACUUAGCUGCUCUUCAUUCCCACGUCGACAAGGUAAUGGCUCUGGUGGUGGAGAAUACGUUCACAGCUAUACCGUGUAUGGCACAGAUGAUGUUUCCAGGAGCCAGCCAUCUUCCUCUCUUCUUCUUCAAGAACAAGUUCAUGUCCAACAGAGAGAUCCGCAAAGUCCGAGCUCCGGCCCUCUUCCUGUCUGGCCUCUCUGACCAACUCAUCCCCUCGCGAAUGAUGAUGGAGCUCUAUCAGGCAUGUAGUUCUCCGCUGAAGCACAUUGAGACAUUUCAGGGCGGUACCCACAACGGCACAUGGACUUGCUACGGUUACUAUGACCACAUCAACAGAUUUACCAGCUACCUGUUACAUAAUCACUUCCCUCUGAACGCGGAGGAUCCCAGUUUACCGGCAGACCCUUCUGUUGCCACGACAACCAACAGCGGAGGAGGGGGUGCAUGGGGUAAUGGAAGUCCGCCCACGUCGGGAGAGAAUUCAAGUAUGACCCAAUCUCUACAUAAACAGUGGGGAGAACAGGAGAAAUGACACACACACUCUCUCUCCCUCUCUCUCUCUCUCUCUCACCCUCUCUCUCCCUCUCUCUCUCUCUCUCUGUAUAUACUGUUGUUUCAUCUAUUCUCACACCCAAUUCUCUCUUUUUCUUCUCUCCUUUUCUUGUGAAAAUUCUUUCUAAGAUCAGGUCACUAUGUGUUAUGAGACUGUCUAGUAUUCAUAUUCUAUCAAACUACGAAC